CACCUGACAUACCUUGCUCAUAUGAUGCUCGCAGCUUCAUGUAUAGGAAGCGAUACACACGGCUGACUGGCUCUUCCAGCUUUCAAGGCCGGUGUACAGAAAGGUAGCUGCAGAGAAAGCUCAUCUUUGCACAAAAGCGCAACUGGGGCUUGCCACGCAACUACCCGCAUGUCGAAGACCUCUAAAGGAAACUGCUGCGACACAGAAGAAUACUACUUAGCUCAGUUCUUGCUUGAGCUAUGAGCAAGAGACCAUAUGCUGCAGCCUUGGCGGGCUCGUCUAAAGCGGCCAAGCUAGCUGACUAUGUUAUUAACGAGCCCGACCACACGUCGGAAGCCUAUGAAGCUUCUGAAUUUGGAGGGUUCUCUGACUACAUGAGGCGUAAAAAACUCAAGUUACAAGAUCAAGAUGCACAGUUCCGGGCCAAUGCUGAUCCUUCGCUCCCCAAAGUGUUCCAGGGUAUGGUCCUGCACAUAAAUGGCUACACCAAGCCCGGCCGACUCGAACUUUGGAAAUCCAUCGUGGCUCAUGGAGGUGUUUACAAACAGUACCUGGAAAACAAGACCGACAUUACGCACAUCGUAUGCUCCAAUUUGACAAUGAAGAAGGAGCUUGAGUUCCAGAAGUACCGUGUUGUGCGUCCAGAGUGGAUCACAGACUCCAUCAAAGCCGGAAAAGCUCUACCAUGGGCCGAGUAUGCAACGAUACACACGGAUUCGCAACAGAAGAGAUUGUCUGCAAUAGCACCAAGCGCCGAACCUCAGCACGAUGUAGUCCAGAGCAAUAGCUACAAAAGAGUAUCAUCAGGCGUGCCUAAGGAUAUCAGGCAAGAGGGUACCACAGAAAUGAUGCCACCCGAGUCUGCACGCGAGCGUCAGUCUGGUGUCAAGACUUCGACACAUCCCGAUUUCAUUCAAGAUUAUUAUGCCAAAAGCCGACUGCAUCAUCUCUCAGCAUGGAAGGCGGAUCUUCGACUCAAGGUCCACAAUCUGCAACCUAAUCAAGGGACACGGAUUCAGAAGAUCGUCAUGCACAUCGACUUUGACUGCUUCUUCGCAGCUGUUUCAUCCAGAGAUCGCCCAGACCUCAUUGGACUUCCAACUGCCGUUACACAUGGUGGUUCCAACAGUGGUGAAAUCGCCUCUUGCAACUACAAAGCUCGUGAAUAUGGCGUUAAGAAUGGCAUGUGGAUGAAGGAUGCGGUACAGCUCUGCCCUCAGAUCGUUUCGCUGCCGUACGACUUCCAGGCCUAUGAAGCCGCCAGCAACCAGUUCUAUGAGGUCCUUUUGAGUCUUGGAGCUGCUUGCAUUGAAGCUGUUUCUAUUGAUGAAGCUCUCGUCGACAUUACGAAUCUCCUGCCCUCGCUUGGAUCGCUCGCGGUACUCAGUGCGCCAAUCACAACAUUCUGUGAGACUUUGCGCAUGGAAAUGUUUGAGCGGACUGGAUGCGAGGUCUCCAUUGGCGUUGGUAGCUGUGUACUGCAAGCCAAGCUUGCCACGAGGCUUGCUAAACCCGCCGGGUACUUUCUGAUUACACCUGCAAAUCUCUCCUCUGUUUUAGAGAAGCUGACUUCCCGAGACCUGCCUGGCAUCGGCUCUGCCACGGCAAACAAGAUCCUGAACGCGACAGGAGCGGAAUCUUUGCCGCAAUUGCAAGCUCUAUCAGAACAGUCCCUCAAGGACUUGCUAGGACCCAAUUCUGGUACCUCGAUCUUCAACGCAUGUCGUGGAAUCGACACAACAUUGGUUGGGAAUCUCUCAGACCGAAAAUUGGUCUCCAUCGAGAUCAAUUGGGGAAUCAGAUUCUCGCGGCUGGAAGAGGUGAGGGAUUUCCUCGGCCGCGUAGCAGUAGAGCUGCAGGAUAAGCUUACUCGAGCUGGUUUCUCGAGCGCUCGUCAUCUGUCAAUCAAAAUCAUGCGCCGGGCCCAAGAUGCUCCGGUCGACCCUCCAAAGUUCCUUGGCCACGGAAAAUGCGACAAAGUCAAUGCAGGCCGAGAGAUACCAAGCACAAAUGAAGCAAGCCGAAUAGCACAACAUGCUAUAGGUUUGCUUGAAACGAUGAACAUUCCGCCAUGGGAGCUUCGUGGUGUUGGUGUAGCUCUCACAAAGCUUGAUACAAAGCCCGUUGCGAAGCAAAGAGACAUGGCAGAAUACUUUCAAGUCCAAACAAGUCGGAUUGCUGAAAAGACAUCUUCAUCGGAUUCUCAAGCAUUGGAAAUUUCUGAAAUGUGUCGAAAACCCUCGCAAGCCUCUUUGCCACAUGCGAAACCAUAUCAACCUGCACGCUCAUUGCUGGACACCCAAGCAAAACAGAACACACAUGAGGCAACCGGUCUCUUCCACCUUCCUGAAGCUGGAGACUUUCAGACCGUCGCUCCUGUACCAGGUGAACUUCAUUCCCAAAAGCGGGAGUCGAUGCAAGGCAAUGUCGCCGUUUCUUUCGAUGGACACUUUGGAAAUUUUGGUGAAGCGCGUGUUCGCGAUACAGGAAGUGAGCUUCGAGACACUGAUAAGUGCCGCGACGCCAUUGGUCUUCCCUGGCCAGAAGCGAGCGCACUGUCAACAUUGGGUCUUUCAGACUUGCAACAUACCAAAGAUUACAUUACAAGCUGGAUCACGAUGGAUUCACCACAAGGUCCGGACGAAGUCGACAUGCAAGACUUUUCCCAGUUUCUUCUUUUCUUAGUGGACGACGCAGAUUUUGAAAAGCUCGAAGAGCUCCUGCGCUGGAUGGGUAGUCUGGUCAGAAAGACAUUGGAACCAACUUGGUCUUCGUACUUUUUGCAGGUGGCUCAAAUGAUUCGCGAGCGCAUGCAAACAUCGGGGCAGCCUUUCUUUAAGGGAGCGUUCCACUAGUCCAAUCACUGUAGCACCUUGUUUGCGUCUGUUUCUAUGAUUUCGAUGUCUCCAUCGCGAAUGCGCCCACGUUGAAUAGUUUCACCCUUCGCUCUCAGUACAUCUUCGAUAUUGGUAUUGACAUCACUGAAAAUCUUCAAAUUGUC